AUGUCUUCCUCCAAGCCUCUCCACACUUACCACCGUCGCUCCAAAUCAAAAUCCACUGACAGGGUGGAUUUCAAUCCGUCAAUUCCUAGGGUUCCUCGAACCCGUUCUUCUUCCUCUGUUCCUGUUGGAGAUUCCUCUCCUUUUGUGUCCUCUGAGGCUGCCUCCUUCUUUGAUAAGGUUUUCUCAAAGAGGAAAUUCAUUCCUAAGAGGACUUAUCAAUUUGAUGCUGUUCCCUUGGCAGCUCAGGAGUCUGCAAAUCAGAUUUUGGAGCACUACCACCUUCAAGCCCUAAAUUCUCUCUCUGGUAAGUUUAACAUCCCUGUUGUUCAAGAGUUUUACUCUAACUUUCUUGCUGACCCUAAGGAGUCAAAGUAUCAGAUUUUGGUUAGGUCAAUACCCAUUACUCUGAAACCAUCUGUUAUCAAUCGGGUCUUAGGUUUUCGAUCAUGCCCUGGUUUUGAUUUUGCAAAAUUUGCUCUUGCUUCUGCUGAAUACUCUAUUGAUCUUUUUAAAUCCAUGGCAUACACUGAUCAAUCUUUGCCUUUGACCUCUAAAGGUCUGCCUAUCAAGUCUUACCUGUCCCCUUUUUAUAAAUUUUUGUGGGAUUUUAUCCGUCAUAAUGUUCUCCCCACUGGGAACAAUUCUAAUCCCACUCUUGCUGCCUGCCAACUCAUGAUAUCCAUGGUGAAUCAUGAUAAAAUUCCCCUUGGUGAUAUCCUAUAUAAUUCCAUUCUUGGGAAAACCAUUGGUCAUGGUACCAAGCACAAGGGGACUCUUGUGUUCCCCUGUCUGAUUCAGCACCUUUGUGAGAAAAAUGGGGUGGCAUUUCUUGAUUCCGAUCAGUGGCAUUCCCCCAUUGCUCCUUAUGGCAAGGCCUCUGCUGCCCUUAGCUAG